GAAACUCCAUCUGGACCUUUUAACAGUGAGGUAACAGAAGAAAUUGGUAAGACCUCACUUAUGGCUGAAGAGGAAACAGCAAAUGAAGUUCUAGGUAGUGAAUCAAAAUUGCAAUCUAAGAGUCAAGGAGAAGAACCGUUAACACUGUUUGUUCCAUUAAUUCUUGAGUCUUCAACAAAACCUUCAGAAGACACUGUAUCAGAGAAAGUUUUAAAUGCAAAUGAUUCAGAAGUGCUGUCUGAAGAAAGCACAUCAGUAGAUAAGGAGGGCACUGAAGAACAAGAAUCUGAAAAGAAGUCCUCAUCCACUGAAAAUGCAGCUGCUUCAGCACCCAAGGAAGAACCCUCUGACAAUGGCCUGCCCAACUCUAUGGUAAUUGAAGAAUCUGUUUCUGUAAAUGUGUUGCCCAAAACAGCUUCCUCAUUAGAAGAUCAAAAUGAGGAAGCAGGGCACAACUCACAGGAGGCCCCUGUUACUUUGAGUCAGAGCUCUUUCAUAGUGGUUGAACUCGAGGGUGUUUCUUUUCAGCAGCCUUCUGGACAGGAAGUACAGAAGAACCAGUUGGAAGAACACUUGGAAGAGUUUACUGAGCAGACAGAUCAGUACACACAGACAGUGGCAGAGCGGGCUGCUGACAGCAGCUCUGAGGAAGCAGAAAUUGAGGUACCCAUUGUAGAUCGGAGAAACUUGCGAAGAAAGGCCAAAGGUUACAAAGGUCCACUCAAGAAAAAAGGAAAGCUGGCUUAA